AUAUCCAAUUAAUUGUUUUUUUUAAGAAAGACUACCCAACUAAUACAAGUUGCGAUUUCAUUAAUUAUGGUCGUGAGUUUCCAUCCUUUUAAAUAAUGUUUUAAAGGAUAGGGGCCGCAUCUCCUGAUCUUUUUAAAUAAAUAUCAAAGCACUUGUCCAAACUAUUAAGCAAAUAUCUUUCAAUGGUUUCACGAAUUGUUUGUCUAUUUGAUCGAAUUUUCGUGAAGAGAGACCGAAUAAGAUGUUAACACCCUAUAUGUUAACAUCAUACUAACAAUUAUUAAUAAGAAUAUUAUAGUAAUUAUCUUAUGUGUUAGCAUCAUGCUUAUAAAGAUCAAUAAAGAUAUUAUAGUAAGUACUUUUUUUGAAAAUCAUGAAUGCAUGGAUUAAUGAUUUAAUCAGUUAGCGCUAGCAUGAGUUUUGCUUGCAUCUGUACGGUUGACUGUCUAAAAUAUCAGCGAGGAACAAAGAAGAUGGUUCUUCCAUGUGAAUCUCCAAGAUUCUAAUGAGCUUAGCUUUAUUCUAUUCUUCUCUUCAAGGAAAGAAGGGGUUAUUGUCUUUAUUCUGUUCUUCUCUUCUCUUCAGUAUAUUUCCAAACGGUUAAUUAAGUUAUGCAGUAUUAGCUACAGCCUACAUAUAUAACAACAGAGAAGCCUAAAAAUGGCGCGUGCAUGCCUAUUACCAACAAGGUUUACUACUAAAAAUUAUUUCACCAUAAUGUUACUUGUCAUUCUAUAACGUUUGUGAUUUUCAUCGUGACGUUCCUGACUUCCUGGUAUAUAUGGCUUCUCGUCUUGUUGGGUCUGCUUUAUGAGAGCUCUGUUGUGGACUUGUGAUUGCACAUAUCUCGUGGUAUGCUUCAAGGAACUUGUGGUCAACUUUAUGAGAUUUUAGUAUGUUUUAGGGAACUUGUAGUUUGCUUUAUAUGAUGUUUUUUUUGUCUGUCUCAUGAAGCUCGUGGCCGGUAUGCCUUAUGAAUUUUGUGGCUUGUUGAAGUUCUGAUAUGCUUUAUAAGCUUUGUGGUCUAAUUUAUGUUACUCGUGAUGUGAUUUAUUGUUUUUUUUUUUUGUCUUUAUUAUGUGGUACAUUUCAUGAUACUUAUGGAAUUGUGGUGAAAGAGACGUGUCGUAAUAAACGAGCAGUACCACACGUGUAUGCUCCCCUAUAUUUUUUUUUACAAAUAACAAGCAAGCAUUUUGUUUAAUGGAUUUAGAUUAUGGAUUUGGUACCCAAAUCCAUUUAUCAUGGAUUUAACGAAAAUCCAUCUAUCAUGGAUUUAACGAAAAUUCAUCGUUUGCUUGCCUUUUUUUGGGACCAAAUUCGUGGGACCCAUGAAUUGUAAGGGUUCAAAUCUGUGGACCCUACGGACUUGUAAAUCCCACAUAUUGAUGUGGGAUUUGUAACAUGCUAUAAAUCCAUGAUGGGCUUUUACCCAUAUACCCUCAUGAACUUUUAAAAUUUCAAGGUUGCCCUCAAAUUUACCUAUUGUACAUUAUAAAUAAUCAAUUAAUUAACAAUAAAUCAUAUAAAUAUUCCAUUAUUGUUUGUAAUGUGCAAACAUGAGUUAGAUUUUUUAUACCCUUUCUUGUGUUCUAGUUUCUUUUAACUUUUUCAUGGAACGUGUAAUUCUUUGUUUUCUUGUUCUAAUAUAUGUUGCUAUAUGUUACUUUUGAAAAGGAAACUUUUUCAUGGAACGUGUAAUUCUUUGUUUUCUUGUUCUAAUAUAUGUUGCUAUAUGUUACUUUUGAAAAGGAGGAAUAUGAAUUGGUAACUGAUAUAUGUUUCAUUAAAAGUUUAAUUGAAUUUUCGCGUUUAUUAUUAUUUUCCCUGUGGCAACAUUAUGCUUAUCAAUUAGUAUGUAUUGUCCUUAUUUUGUGUACAUGUCAUAAGCGUGACAAACAAAUAGAAAAGGAUGGUGUGAUAUUUUUGGACUUUAAAUUAUAAAACCCAAACCUUUAAAUCCGUGAUAAAGCAUCUCAACAAACAAAAGAUUGUUACAAAAUCCAUAAUGUCUCAAAUCCUUGAUAAAUCCCUGGGUUUUUAAAUUACUAAACCCUCAUUUCGAAAUCCAUGAAGCAAACGACCCCUAUAAUUGCCGCGGCUCAGUUCCUUCCACCUCUAAAUAGGGGUGGCAGUUCGGUUACUGGUUAUCGAUAACCGACCGGUUAAACUGAUAACCGGCCGGUUAUCCACUAACCAGUAACCGAACUUCGGUCGGUUAUCGGAGGCUAGACGAAAUGGUUUUUGGUCUUAAAAGUGGUUCGGUUAACCGAUAACCAAUAUAACCGAGAAAGUGUAGCCUAUUUUGGGCGAUUUUCGGUAAGGAGAGUGGUUAUUUCGGUUAACCGAUAACCGACCGAUCGGUUACCGAUUAUAACCGAAAUAACCAAACUGCCACCCCCUACCUCUAACUUGAGCUUAAAGGGCUCUUCAUAAAUUGUCUUUCUGAGAAACGAUUUCUGGAAUUUUCAGGAACCAAAAAAACAAACACUCUCUGGCCUGGCCUGGCUUGGUUUGGUUUGGCUCGAUUGUAAAAGCACACCCAAUCAAAUCAUGAUUCCCCCACUUGGACUGAGAACAGAAAAAUGAAAACGACCCCCCCAUUUUUCAGUGUCUUCUUCCCCAUGAAAUUGGGGGGCAGUGCUGAUAUAAUUCUUAUAAUGCAAGUGGCCAACAAAACACGGGUCAACGGAGUCGGCCUUGGCAGGCAGUGUGAUAUUGAACACAUGCAAGCAGAGAGUGGACUUUUCCUUCUUCUUCUUCUCCGAUCAAUUCACAACAAGAAAGAAAGGAGACUAUAAGGAUGGAUGGUGACUGCAUAUAAGCUGGAGUCCAACACGUAGACUCUCCCUAGUCUCUCCCACACCCCCAAACUAACAACCCAAUUCCCAUUAACAACCCACUUUAGCUAUCUAGGAUGGCAAAGUAACCCAUUAUGUACCGUGCGUAUUCAAUCGAAUCCGGAUCGAUUUUGUCGGGGAAAAUUCGAAUGAUAUUAUCUUUUGGUGGGAUUUUUUUCCGAACCCAGCAAAGCUUACGUCAUGGAUAUGGUGCAAUUUUGGCCGGUAUUUUAAGUGUGCGCGCCAAACCCGUCCGAGUACGUGUCGUCGCUAUAUGUUCCGAGCUCAUUCGCUUUAACGCUUCGUUCAUUCAGAUUCCUAACACAAUUUUAACUACAGAGAUGGCUACGGUUUUAAAAUUGUGGUUCGAAAUCACGCUCACCUUUUGAAAUCACCUAGCUACUAACCACACAAGUAGUUGAGCCGACUAGUUGGAAUUAUGAAAAGAGAAACCUUGGACAUUGUAUCAUUAUAUCAGCUUUGUUUGGUAGGUUUUUCUUUUUGACUUUUUUUCUUCUUCUUCCCAACUUCUCUCUUUAUGAAUUUGGGGAAAAUAACUUUUGGUAUUUGUUAGAGACGUAUCAAUGUCGUCUCGUUCUUUUCAAUCUAAGUUGACUAAUUAAAUAGUUGAUAAAUGUGCAAUGAAGACGUAUGGUAUGGCAAGCCAUGCUGGAGAUGAUAAUAAAUCACUACUAUAAGGCCGGCAAACCGCAGCUCAGAUGUGGAGUGGAGAUGCCCACUUGGAAAAAUAAGUUGGAUUAAAUAUGUGUAGGUAUUUGUGAAAUAUGAGUAUGUUAAAGAAUUUUCGUGAGGAUUGUUAUGGACAAUGAGCAUAUCAUCCAUCAUCCGAAUUUGCUCACAAGAACGGAGGAGUUGAUCUCUUGGACGACGCCUCUUCCUGAGUGGGUGACUCUGAUCUACUGAUCAGACGACUCAGCCAUUCAUGAUUCAGGCUCCGCUGCAACAAUGGGCCUCUUGCGAGAUCACCCUAGUUAGGACACUGCAUUCCAGGGUUGAGAGGCGCUGUAGUGGGACUUCAAUUGGCAUGUGAUUUGGGAUAUAGACGUGUUCGUGUGGAGCUAGACUUCAGAUGUGCUCUCCAACGCUUCUCAACUUUGGCCUGACCCAAAUCGGCAGCAUGACGCUAUCACUACCCGCCUCCAGACCUUGAUUGAUUAGGCGCGACUAGGAGGUUGUUUAUUCUCCCAUAUUCAUAGGGAAGGCGAUAAGUGUGCUGACUAUCUAGCGAGUAGAAGCCAUUGUUUACCUCAUUGGUUUUCACUUUCACUCAUGUUAACGAUCCUUACUUUGCAGUAUUGUAUCAUGUAUGACACUCAGGGGCUUUCCGAACCCCCACUGGUUAUGAAUGAAGAAUAGGAUGCUUUGCAUCCAUUUAUAUAAAAAGAAUUUAUUAUCGUUUUCUUAUAAAAUCCAACUCUCAUCGGUAUUAUGUAGACGCAAAUAAACAACAUUAUCGAUAAGGUAAAAUUAAAAGCCAUCAACCCGUGAUUUCAAAGAGCUGUGCGACGGGUGAGAUAGUCCAUGACAUGGGGUGAUGCAUUACUUGAAGAAGUCAGAUUGUUCGAAGGGGUCGUUCUCGGCUAUUAGGUUCCAUUUUUGCCUCUAAGCAUUUCAACAUGACUGAACAUUAACCGACAAAAACAAGCCUUUUCAUCGAUAGUUCGACGAUAGGACGACUAUCGCGUUUGCUUAUCCAAUCACCGUAUUUCUGCCGGUCCUUUUACGUAUGUCUAUGAUUAAGAAAAAGGGACUCCGGUAAGUUUCAAUCCUGCCUACGCCACUGCUCCCAGGCAAGUAUCUAUAGAUGUGGGUGGGGGUACAACGUAUUGGGGAAGGUUUCCAUGGGUGCACCCACUUAAUGUAUUGUGGCCAUUGUGGGGGUUAGAUAAGGACUUCUUAUGAGCACAAAUGCUGCAAUAUAUAUAUGGUAUUAUGGAUGGCCAGUGGCCACUGAUCUAAUGUGACCAUCUUCAACGUAACAUUUUUGUUUGUCGUGAGAACGAUCGAGCAAUAGCAUGGCAUUGAUACCUUUCAUGCACUCAAGAUUCUUCCUCCUCGCUCUUUUCCACCUCCAAUUGGAGUGAUCAGUUACGAGAAUCAUCUGCGCAGAAAGAAUCCAAUUAGGUUUAGGGAUGGCCUUUGCUUGGUAUCGAUUUCGUUUCUCACUUUAAUUUGUGUAUUUUGAAGAUAAGUCCCAUCGUGAAAAGAUACCAAACAAGAAAGAAAGAAAGAAAGAAAGACAUAAUGUGGUCAUAAACGAAAAUGUAACGACGGCAGCUAGCUGAAAAGUGAUUCGAGAGGGUUACCAACCAACGACUCUUUUCCAUUCGAGUUCACACACGCACUAUUAAGAUCCGUCGGUGAGAAACGUAACAGUUAAUCUGUUCCGAAUUAACAUGUAGCUGGUUUUCUAAGCGUGCUCUCGAUCUAUGAUCUUCGUCCCUCAAAUAUAUUCACAACAAAUUGUGUGUGGUUCAAUUAUUAGAUGAGAUAGGUAAGUAGUCUAUAAAAUCCUAAAAUUAUUUGCACGAGAUUUGAAACUUUAGAGGAAAAAAAAUUUCUCCUAUUUAGUUUCGGAACUCUCAUAAACCCCCUUAGACACCACAAUUCGCAAUAUAUUUCACAUGCGAUUUUUCUAUAUAUAUACGUAAUUCAUUAUCUUAUAUAUUACAUACGUAAAUUAUGUGUAUUUGGUAUAUCAAGUGUGUGCAAUAUUAUACCGUACCAAAAGUUAAACCAAAUGUACUAGUUAUCAAAUUUUUACUAUUUCAUAAUUCAUGAUCAUAUACCUUAUGCAAGCUAAUUUUAUAACUUCUUGUGACAAAGUUAGGUGAUGUUUUAAUGCAUUUGAGUUUUGUUGUUUGUAUAAAAAAAAAGUAUAAACAAAUGGAAGGAUCUAGUUCUCAUUUCUGAAGUACUCUAAACCAUAUAACCUAAAUCCCACCCUAUAUAUCCUCCUACGUCCUUCAUAAUCAAAUAAUUAAUCAUAUACCUUAAACUGCCUUUGAACUGCAUAUAAUAAAACCAAAUAAAACCAAGUAGUGAGCUUUUGUCACCUAAUCCUUUCUCAAGUUUAUUUCUUUUUUUUUUAAUUUUUUUUCCUUUUUGGGUUUUAUGUUAUUAGGAAUGGUGAUUGGUGGGUCAAUUUUCAAAAUCAACAAUAUGCUUUUUAGUUGUCAAUUUUAUUCGUGUUUUGACAAAUAGUACCACAAAUGAGACCCUAAAGUCUCUGUUUUAGUGUUUUUAUGCCCCGGUACAAAUGCAAUGCAUCUGACUGACGACCAGAGUUGAAAGGUAACAACAACAACUAACAAAAAAAAGGUUCCAUCCCAAUUCUCCAAGUGGUCAUCACGAACCCAACUAUUUCCACAAUCGGGACAAGGAAAGAAUAGACAACACCACCAUUGGACACAAGCUUACAAAUAAUGUACUCAGUCUAAGCCAAAAAGGCAGGCACAUGAUGCCAAAAUACAAAAUAUUUUUGAAAAUAAUACCAGAAUAAUAACUAUAGAUCUAGGCUUCCUCGUUUAGGGUUCUAGAAAUAAGAAUCGAUGUAAAAUUUAGGGGUCGUUUGCUUCACGGAUUUAAAAAUGAAGGUUCUGUAAUUUAAAAAUCUGAGGACUUAUCAAGGAUUUGUGGCAUUAUGGAUUUGUAACAAUCCUUUGUUUGUUGAGAUGUUUUAUCAUGGAUUUAAGAGUUUGAGAUUUAUAAAUUAAAGUCUAAAAUUACCUUACUAGCCUUUUCUAUUUGUUUGUGAUGUUUAUGGUAUGUACACAAACAAGGACAAUACGUACUUAUAAGCAUAAUGUUGACACAACGACUAUAAUAAUAAAUGGAAAAUUUUCCGUUUAACUUUUAACGUAACAUAUAUAAUUUACCAAUUCGUUGUCCUCCUUUCCAAAAUUAACAUAUAGCAACAUAUAUAAGAACCGGGAGAAAAAAUAAUUACACUUUCCAUGAAAAGGUCAAAGGAAACUAGAACCUAAAAAAGAGAUUAAAAAAUCUAACUCAUGUGUUUAGAUUAAUUGAAUAUUUAUAUUAUUUCUUUGUUGUUAAUUAAUUAUAAUGUACAAUAGGUAAAUGUGAGGGCAAUAUAGAAAUAUUAAAUAUUUAUGAGGGUAUAUAGGUAAAAUCUCAUCAUGGAUUUAUGGCAUGUUCCAAAUCACACAUCAAUAUGUGGGAUUUACGAGUCCGUGAGGUCCACGGAUUUUGACCUUUAAAAUCCAUGGGCCCCACGGAUUUGAUCCCUAAAAUAAGUGGAGGCAUACAAUGGAUUCUCCUUAAAUUCAUAAUGGAUUGGAUUUGGGAAGAACCAAAGAGGGAGAGAACGAGGAUUAAUUUUUUUGUUUUUUUUGUUUUGUAUUUGCUUAAUGAGAAAGUCUCCACAAUUACCAAAUAUAAAGUCCGGCUAAUUUUCUCUAGCCACUCAUAAUUUCACCUCAUAACAGAAAUAGUAAAACAACACCCAAAAUACAUCCACAGUUCUAAAACAUAAUAAAACCAAUAAAAUGGUCCAUAUAGU